GUCGAAGGCAGUGUGCAGACCGGCAUGCGUUACAACCCGAAACCGGUACACCCCCCUCGGGAGUUAGUCUCAUUACAAGCAAUGAAGGAGAUCAGCUACGUCCCUGCGAGUCUGUAUGACCAGGUUCACUCGGUCUGCUCCUCAAUCCCGCCCCCAGCCAAGCAGUACCAUGGGCCGAAGCUGCUGGUCCCGAAAAGUCAAUUGCGCCGCUGUCAGGAGUGGACCAGGGAAGCAGUUCACGAACCGAGAGCGCAGGGUAUCUUACAAGGCAGCGAGCGCUCCUGGGCCACCCGCGCUCAACUCAAGCAGCGACUCGGUGGUCGGCAGAAAUCCUCGUCGUCGAAGGGCGAUCCCAAAGCCUCGUCGUCGCAGCCAAAAUAAGG